UUUAUUUACUGAAAAGCAGAUGUAGGGUUGGCAUGAGGGAUGCUUUCAGAAGGGGAACAGCUGUAGGUGAUAGGUACAAGGUUGUGGGAGUUGUGGGGAUGUGGAAUGGGGAAGACUUUGGAUUAUUGUUUCUAAUUUGUUUUUUCUCCUACAGAAGACUUGUUUGAAAUGUGGUGGUUUCAGCAAGGCCAGUUUCUUCCUUCAGCUCUUGUAAUUUGGACAGCUGCUGCUUUCACACUUUCAUACAUUACUGCAGUAACACUCCACCAUGUUGACCCUGCUUUGCCUUAUAUCAGUGACACUGGUACAUUAGCUCCAGAAAAAUGCUUGUUUGGGGCAAUGCUAAAUAUUGCUGCCGUUUUAUGCAUUGCUACCAUUUAUGUUCGUUAUAAGCAAGUUCAUGCCCUGAGUCCUGAAGAGAACCUUAUCAUCAAAUUAAACAAGGCUGGUCUUGUACUUGGAAUACUGAGUUGUUUAGGACUUUGUCUUGUGGCAAAUUUCCAGAAAACAACUCUUUUUGUUGCACAUGUAAGUGGAGGUGUGCUCACCUUUGGUAUGGGCUCUUUAUAUAUGUUUGUUCAGACCAUCCUUUCCUACCAAAUGCAGCCCAAAGUUCAUGGCAAACAAGUCUUCUGGAUCAGACUACUGUUGGUUAUCUGGUGUGGAGUAAGUGCGUUUAGCAUGCUGACUUGCUCAUCAAUUUUGUACAGUGGCAAUUUUGGCACUGAUGUAGUACAGAAACUCCACUGGAAUCCUGAAGACAAAGGUUAUGUGCUUCACACGGUCACUACUGCAGCAGAAUGGUCUAUGUCAUUUUCCUUCUUUGGUUUUUUCCUGACUUACAUUCGUGAUUUUCAGAAAAUUUCUUUACGGGUAGAAGCCAAUUUACAUGGAUUAACCCUCUAUGACACUGUUCCUUGUCCUGUGGUCAGUGAACGAACACGACUACUUUCCAGAGAUUUUUAAUGAAAGGAUAAAAUAUUUCUGUGAUGAUUAUGAUUCUCAGGGAUUGGAAGAAGGUUCACAAAGUUCUGUAUUAUACCUGAAAUUUUCAACCAGUUAAUCAAGACUGACAGUGACAUGAAUGCUGAUAAUCAGGAGACAUGAAUAAGCCAUUUGAUAAGUUAUCUUAAACGAUAUCAUCAAGAGGACUACUUAAAAAACAUUUACUUUUUUUUUUUAUCUCAGAAAAUAAAACCAAAGAACUACGACAUUGAAGGGUUUUUUUCUACUUUUUUUAAGAGACCAAGCAGUAUGUACAACUCAGCCUCAUGUAUAUGUAUUUUGUAAGUAAAAGCAUCUUUUGUGAGGGGCAUUUUUAUGAGAAAUACUUUUCCCUGACUCAUGUAACCAACAUUGGUCAGGAAAUCAUUUAGAACUGGAUUUUGAAAUUAGAAUCUUAACAUGUUAAUACAUUUCUUAUAGUGUUAAAACAUUUUGUUGUUGUUGUUCUGGAAUCCACUUUUAAAUGGGAGAAGACCUGAAUUCAUGUGAGUUUUUUAUGGCUUAAACUUUGCAUGGAAGAUUCAGUAGAUACUGAUUUGAUUCUGGCCACAAGCCAGGUACUAUGCCAACUGAUAGAUCAUAUUUGCUUUUAGUAGAUUUCAUGAAGUCUAGUCUGUAAGAGAUUUUUAAUUACUAGUGAGACGUUUUCAGUAGUAAAUUUACUCCUGUCAUGUUUUACAUAAAACAAAGGCUAAUAUUCAUAAAUAAGGAUAAGAAGUUUCUGAAUAAAGCAUAAAUGGUUAAUAUCAAACAAAAGUUACCCCAACCUGCGGCAAGAGUUUCUUAGAUUUUCAUUUAUAUCAUAAUUACUAG